UUCAGCAUUACCCAACAUGGCGGCGAGAUUCAGKUGUUGUUUGUUUCGUUAGUCGAGGUCUGAUAUUUGUUUCGCCCAUUAUUCCAGUUGAAUGCUAUUAAAUAACCUGCAGAUUUUCGCCACUGUAAUCUAAAAAUAACCGUGGACUGUUUUUUUGUUGUGUAAAAACGGUUUUUGUCUCGAAAAUGAGUUACACAACGAGGGUGGUCCAGGUGACCAAUGUGUCGCCGAGCACAACGUCGGAGCAGAUGAGAACAUUGUUCGGUUUUCUCGGAACCAUCGAAGAGUUAAAGCUAUUUCCACCCGAUGACUCUCCCAUGCCUGUGACAUCUCGAGUGUGCUUUGUGAAGUUCCAGGAGCCUGAGUCUGUGGGGGUGUCUCAACAUCUGACGAACACUGUGUUUGUGGAUAGAGCUCUGAUUGUGGUCCCGUUUGCAGAAGGAUCUAUUCCAGAUGAGGCUAAAGCUUUGUCCCUUUUGGCUCCAGCAAAUGCUGUUGCAGGAAUUUUGCCAGGUGGAGGCCUUCUUCCCACACCGAAUCCCCUCCCCAAUCCAACUCUCGGACCAAACCCAUUUGGUGGUCCCAAUAUAGUAGAUCCGAUGGCAGCAUUUGGAUUCGCAGGAUCCAAUAUGAACCCUCAGGCUGCUGAUCAACUACUGAAGAUGAUGACAGAUCCAAAACUGAACCCUUUGGCUGCUGGUUUGAACCUGAGUGCAAGCCUGAAGGCUGAUGCAUCUAAUAAAGAGAUUGAGGAGGCCAUGAAGAGAGUCCGGGAGGCUCAGUCACUCAUUUCUGCUGCCAUYGAACCUGGACAUAAGGACAGCAAAAAGAAGCAUUCACGGUCUCGGUCCAGGUCCAGAAGGAGGAGGUCCAGGUCACGUUCAAGACACAGUCGCAGGCGAACAAGGAGCAGAUCAAGGCAUAGGUCAAACUCAAGAAACAGAAGGCGCUCCAAAAGCCCACGCAGGAGACACACCCACUCUAGAGACAGAAGCAGGCGCUCUCGAAGCCGAUCCAGGGAUAGAAAGAAAGAAAGUGGUGGGAGAAGACGAUCCAAAACCCCACCAAAAAGCUACAGCACAGCCAGAAGGUCACGCAGCAUCAGCCGUAGACGCAGGAGAAGUCGCAGCAGCAGCCGAUCUCCUAAGAAGUCUCCUAAAAGAAGAAGCCCAUCUCCAUCCCCUCGAAGACACAAGAAGGAAAAGAAGCGAGAUAAAGAAAGAGACAGGGACCGCAGGGUUGAAAAGGAGCGUGUUCGUGACGAACGGGAGCGCUCCACCAGCAAGAAAAAGAAGAAUAAAGACAAAGAAAGGGAGCGUGAAAGGAAGUCUGACGGAGAGAAAGGAGACAUUAAGAUCACCAGAGAUUACGAUGAAGAAGAACAAGGGUAUGACAGCGAGAAGGAAAGAGAUGACAGGAAAGAUUCAGACGACUCUGCUUUGUCUCCUCAGUCGKUGGAAGGAAACGGCACAGCGCGGCUCAGAAAGCAGGCCAAAGUUAAUGGUGCUGACGAUCACCAUGAAGAGGAUAUGGAUGUUAGCGACUGAGUGAUCAAUCCUACUUUAUCUUUUCACUUUAGUUAUAAACAUACCUUUUUUCCCCCCGUUUGGUUAAAUCUAAAAUGUAAAGUGUUUGUUAAAAAAACAUGUUAUUCUUACAGAAGAUUAGUCUGCUCUUUUGCCAAUGUAUACUGCAUCAUUGUUUGCCUGAUAAUUCUGUUCCUCUUUUGUCACAAGUACUUAUUUGCUCCUCACCACCACAGAUGCGAUCGGUUAAAAACUGGAAAUAGAUUUGCUUUGGCUUCUGCUGAGCUUGUGUUAGCAGAUUUUUGUCACUUCAUGUGUUUUUUUCCCCUCCUUUUAUUGUAGUGUUGUGGUGUAACAGUCCUUCACAGAACAAUUACAUCUUACUUUUGAUCUGGAAGUGUUUUAUCAAGAUUUUUUUUUUUUUAUAUAUAAUAAAGCCUAUUUGAGGAGCUAGGA